AUGAGGACCAAGGAAGAGGCUGUGAGCAAGCCAGGAAAUAAGGCAAAAUUUACAGGGAAGGGGAAAAAGCUUGGAGAAAAUAAAGAAAAGGCCACAGACAGUGGGAAGCAGCCAGGAGAACCCAAAGAGAGGCAUGUAGAAACCGAGAAAGCAUUCAAGGGCAAGCGGGAUGGACUGUCCCCACACAUUUUUUCCGUGGCACAGAGGGCCUACUGGCGCAUGCUUAUGCAACGGCAGGAUCAGACCAUCAUGCCCUUGGGCAGGAACAAUUCUGGCAAGACCACCUGCUGCCAGAACACCCUGGAAUACCUAGUGGCCACUGUGGGGAGCAUGGACAACCGAGUCACAGUGGAGAAAAUCCAGGCCAUGUUCAGGGUGCUGAGAGCCUUUGGGACAGUGACGACCAGCCACAACAAAGCCUCCACCCGCUUCUCCAUGGUCAUGGCACUGGAUUUCAGCGCCACUGGCCACAUCACAGCUGCUCAUCUCCAGACAAUGCUGCUGGAAAGGAUCCGUGUGGUGCAGCAGCCAGAGGGAGAGAGCACCUUCAAUGUCUUUUCUCAGAUGCUUGCAGGGCUGGAUCUGGAUCAGAGGACUAUGCUGCAUUUGCAUCAGAUGGCGGAGAACAGCACCUUUGGCAUCAGACCGUGUCAGAAGGCUGAAGAGAAGCAGAAGGCCUCAGCUGCAUUUGCUCAGCUCCAGGCUGCCAUGGAGAUCCUGGGAAUUGUGGUGGAGGAGCAGAAGGCCAUCUGGCGAGUUUUGGCCGCCAUCUACCACCUGGGUGCUGCAGGGGCUUGCAAAGUUGGCAGGAAGCAGUUCAUGCAGUUUGAGUGGGCCAACAAGGCAGCGGAAGUCCUUGGCUGCGAUUUUGAGGAGCUCACAACAGCCGUCUUCAAGCACCACCUCCAGAGGAUUAUUGAGCAGGUCACGUCUGGAGCCGGAGGACAGCUCAGCCAGGACCAAGGCUGGUCGGAUGGUCCCAAGAUGACAGGUGUGGAGUGCGUGGAAGGGAUGGCUGCGGGGCUCUAUGAGGAGCUGUUUGCAGCUGUUGUGUCGCUCAUCAACAGGUCCUUCUCUUCAAGUUCCCUCUCCAUGGCCUCGAUCAUGGUGGUGGACACGCCUGGCUUCCACAACCCCCGGCACCAGAAGAGAGAGCGUGCAGCGACUUUUGAGGAGUUCUGUCACAACUAUACACAGGAGCGGCUGCAGGGCCUCUUCUACAAGAGAACCUUUGUGUCUACACUGGAGAGGUACCAGGAGGAAAAUAUUGAGGUGCCAUUUGAUCUCCCCGAAGUCUCCCCAGCAACCACAGUAGCCAUUGCAGAUCAAAACUCAUCCCAGGUCCAUGCCACCCCUGGGGGCCAGGCAGAAGACCCCAAGGGCCUGUUCUGGAUUCUGGAUGAGGAGGCCUUGAUCCAAGGCUCCAGUGACAGCACUGCGCUCAACCGUCUGUGCUCUUACUUUGUGAAGGAGGGUCCGAUCAAUGAAGGACAGGGAUCCCUGCGCAAGUGUGAGCAGGCCCUGCAGUUCGAGAUUGCCCACCAGCUCGGCCAAGACCCCGUCCGCUAUGAUGCCACUGGCUGGGUAAACAAAGCCAAGUGGAACCUCUCAGUGCAGAAUGCCAUCCAAGUCCUGCAGGAGUCGAAAAUAGACCCUCUGAAGAAACUGUUUCUGUUGCGGUCCAAAGUGCCCCUGAUAUGCCGGUCUGUUGCGGGGCUGGAGGGGAACUCCCAGCAAGCACUGCAGCGAGUUGGCUGCGUGAGGAAGACUUUCACUAGCAGCUUUGCAGCUGUGAAGAAGAAGUCUGUGUGUGCUCAGAUCAAGCUUCAGCUGGAUUCUCUCAUCAACCUAGUGAAGAGAUCCCAGAUUCACUUUGUCCAUUGCCUCAUUGCGAGAACAGAAAUGGACAGAGAAGGAGGCACCGUUCUGCAGUCCUGUCUGAUGGCAGGGGGAACAGCAGCAGGAUGGGACAUCUCCGCCCUUCGAGCCCAGCUCUCCGGGGGCCAGAUAUUGGAUGCAUUACGGCUCAGCAGGAUAGGGUACGCAGAUCGUAUGGUGCGCAUGCAGUUCCGACACCAGUUCCAGAUCCUGGCUCAGCCAAUGAUGAAAAAAUACAGCUCAGCCUAUGAGAUGACAGAUGAAAAUAAGGCUCUGGAGGAGCUCAUCCAGGCCCUCAGUUUGGAGAAGACAAUUGCUGUGGGUCGCACUCAGGUGUUCCUGAAAGCUGGAGUCCUCUCUAGGCUAGAAAAGCAGAGGGAAAAACUGGUGUCUCAGAAUCUGAUUUUCCUCCAAGCAGCUUGCAAGGGGUUUCUCUCCCGUCAGAAAUAUAAGAAAUUAAAGAUUCAGCGUUUGGCUGCUCGGUGCAUCCAGAAGAACUUGGCCAUCUUCCAAGCUGUGAAGGGCUGGCCCUGGUGGCAACUGAUGUGUGGCAUCCGGCCACUGUUGAGCACCAGCCUUGCAGAAGGUCAGCUCCGAGUCAGAGAGGAGGAGUUGGCAUUGCUGCGAAAGAAAUUGGAAAAUUCAGAACUUUCACGGCAGGAGCUUCGGCAGAGCACAGAACAGCUGGAAAGCAAGAUCAUAGACCUCACGACGGAGCUGUCAGAUGAACGCUUGAAAGGUGAUGUUGCCUGUCAGAUCCUGGAAGGUGAACGAGCUGAAAGACUGAGAGGGUCAAGAGAGGUCAGAGAGCUGCAGACCAAGCAUGACCAACUGCAGAAGAAGCUGGAGUCGGCAGAGAAGCAGCUGGAAGAGGCACAGCAGCAGCUUCAUUUGCACGAAACUGGGGCAAGCAGCUCUGGCAAAGCUCUGGCCAAGACCCGGCAGCUCCCGGCCUGCAUCUUUGCCCUGCUGUGGGACUUCCUGCUGGGAGUGAUGGAGGGCCAACUCAUGAGACCUUUUGCCUCUGUCAGAUUUGACCUGCAGCUGGCUCAGGCCUUGGGAGAAUCCGCCUUCGAGAAGAGCCUUCGGGAGAAAGUGUUACAAGAGAGCACCAGCCUUCAGUUUGAGCUGGGGAAGUUGCAGCGGAGCUUAGAGCAAAAAGAAUUGGACAAUGCCAGCCUCAACCAGCGGCUUGUGCUGUUGAGCAGCCAGGUGCAGGAGCUCAGCGCCCCCAAGGACCUGGAUGCCAACUCGCUGGCUGCCCUCCAGAAGAAACUUUGGGACCUGGAGUCAAGAGCCUCUGAGCAGCAGAAGGAGCUGAGCUCCCAAGCAAGCACCAUUGAACAGCUGGAACAGCUUCACCUGAGACUCGAACUGGAAAUUGAGAGGAUGAAACAGCUUCACCAGAAGGAGCUGGAGGACAAGGAGGAAGAGCUGGAGGAUGUUCGGCAGUCCUGCCAGAAAAGGCUGCGUCAGCUGGAGAUGCAGUGUGAGCAGGAGGGCGAAGAGAAGCAGGCAAUUCUCUGUGAGAAGCGGGACCUGGAAGGGCUGAUUGCCACACUCUGUGAACAGAUUGGCCAUCGAGAUUUUGAUGUGGAGAAGCGACUCCGGCGUGACCUGAAGAGGACUCAUGCUCUGCUGGCUGACAUGCAGCUCCUGCUGGAGACCUCAGGGGCAGAUGCAGGGUUGUCCGGGGGCAGGGAGGAGCUGGAGAAGCUUCGUGGCAAGGUGAGAAGCUGGAUGGAUGAAUUGGUCGACUGCAUUUAUUAUUAUUAUUAUUUAUUAUUUAUUGAAUUUAAAUACCUCCCUAUACCCAGAGGUCUCAGGGUGGUUCACAAAACAGAUCACAAUAUAUAAAAGAAAAAGAAAAAACAAUAACCCAAUAAUAGAAGUAAAAGAAUUAAUCUACAUCCCCAACCCAUUCUUUAUUUUUUAAAGUGCCUUCAGUAUAGACAGGCAUCUUUCACAGGAAGCAUUUAGAAUUUAAUUAAGGCAAUUAGUUAAAUAGAUUGUUUCUGUCUUUAAUUCCUUG